GAGAGGCUCCUGUGGAGGAGGAUCCGGGAAUCUGGGAAAAAAGGGACUAUGGCUGCCAACAUGGGCUCGAUGCGUAUCCUCAUCAAGGGAGGGAAGGUGGUCAACGAUGACUUCACCCAGGAAGCAGAUGUCUACAUCGAGAACGGCAUAAUUCAGCAGGUUGGAAAGGAACUGAUGAUACCGGGCGGUGCUAAGGUGAUUGAUGCCUCUGGAAAGCUGGUGUUGCCGGGCGGAAUAGACACCAGCAUACAUCUGCAGGAUACUUUCAUGAACGCAACCAUUCAAGAUGACUUCUACAGUGGGACCAAGGCGGCCCUGAUGGGUGGUACCACCAUGGUGAUGGCUCUGGUCCUGCCUGAGCAACACUGCUCCCUGCUGGACGCCUAUGAGAGCUGUCGAGCUCUGGCCGACGCCAAGGUGUGCUGCGACUAUGCUCUGCACGUUGGGGUGACCUGGUGGGGACCAAAGGUGCGUAAUGAGAUGGAGACCCUGGUGAGGGAGCAUGGAGUGAACUCAUUCCAGAUGUUCAUGGCCUACAAAGACAUGAUGAUGCUGAGGGACUCUGAGCUCUACCAGACGCUGCAGACCUGUAAGGACAUCGGGGCCAUCGCACGCGUCCACGCUGAGAACGGAGAGCUGGUGGCGGAGAGUGCUAAAGAGGCUCUGGAUUUGGGCAUCAGUGGACCGGAGGGUAUUGAGAUCAGUCGACCAGAAGAGCUGGAGUCUGAGGCUACUCACAGAGCUGUCACCAUCGCCAACAGGGCUCGCUGCCCGAUCUACCUGGUGAAUGUGUCCAGUAUGUCUGCUGGAGAUAUGAUUGCUGCUGCUAAGAUGCAAGGUAAGGUGGUCCAUGCAGAGACCACAGUAGCUCAUGCGGUGCUGAAUGGGAUGCAUUAUUACCACCAGGACUGGGCUCACGCUGCUGCCCACGUCAUCGUUCCUCCUCUCCGCCUCGACCCCAACACGCCCAGCUACCUCAUGGGCCUGCUGGGCAAUGACACCCUGAGCGUUGUGGCAUCAGAGCAUCGUCCAUUUAGCACCAAGCAGAGAGCUUUGGGCAAGGAGGACUUCACAAAAAUCCCUCAUGGAGUGGCUGGAGUCCAGGACAGGAUGAGUGUCAUCUGGGAGAGGGGAGUGGUUACAGGAAAAAUGGAUGAGAAUCGUUUUGUGGCAGUGACGAGCUCUAAUGCUGCAAAGAUUUACAACCUGUACCCACGCAAGGGUCGUAUCAUCCCCGGGGCUGACGCUGAUGUGGUGGUCUGGGACCCAGAUGCAACAAGGACGAUCUCUGUGAGCACUCAGGUGCAGGGCGGCGACUUCAACCUGUACGAGGGGGUGCGCUGCCACGGUGUUCCCCUGGUCACCAUCAGUCGAGGACGUUUGGUGUGUGAGAACGGUGUGUUCAUGUGCGCCGAGGGCUCCGGAAAGUUCUACCCGCAGCGCACAUUCCCUGACUACCUCUACAAGAAGAUGGUGCAGAGAGAAAAGAGCCAGGCUCAUAAAGGGGUUGUCAGGGAUCCCUACUCUGGUGAUGUGGCCAAGGUAGCAAACACUAUGAAGAAGGAGCUCGGUCUGGGCCCCAUCGAUGGAGAUGCAUCUAACAAAGGGCCCCAUGGUAUGCGGGUGCACCAGGGAGUCCGAGACCUCCAUGAGUCCUCCUUUAGCCUCUCAGGGUCUCAGGUUGAUGACCAUAUCCCGAAGAGAUCCUCGGCUCGGAUCCUGGCCCCUCCCGGCGGUCGCUCCAGUGUUGAAAGAGUAAAUGUGCCAAUGUGAAUCACCCAUGCCACACCCACACCCAUGCAUGAAGAGCACCACACUGAGACGUGAAAUCUCUCCUGAACGCCACAGGCUCACAACUGGUGCUGUUUUUUACAAUUACCUACGAUGGCGUUACUUUUAUUGUUGGAUGGUUUUGUUGUUUUGAAGGCACUGCGACUGAUCAGUGGCUACGUGUGUUUGUAGAUUCUCGUUGUGUUUGACAGUUAACCUGUUGAAUCUGUAAGUGGCUGCUUGUUUCUUACCACAAGAGUA